AUUUCAAGCUCUGAUCCGCGUUCGAAGAUCUCGUCUCUUUCCCACCACUGGUCUAACCUAUUAUCCAUCUGUUUACCGAUAUAAUUGUAUGGAUCUUUUCACGAUCUUUUUUCGCGUAAUUGCGUCACUUUCGUACUACCGUGUACUUUUCGAUCUCGUUGGCGACGGAAAUCUCGGGUCGCAACUCGAAAUACAGAACACGAUCGGAAAAGUCACGUUAGAAAGUAGCGGCGUUUAAAAGAAGACACUCCGGUUAGGGCGAACGCUCUCCGACCGGUGGUCCAAGCGUACGAGCGCGUGCCAAUGAACAGUUUUCUCUCUGAUUGAUGCCUCACUCACCUGACACAUCGGUCUGCCAGGUGCGAGGCAACGGAAGAAAGAGAGCCGAAUUAUUAAUUCUGCUUAGCACUUUAUUCUCUUCUGUGGACCAGUGCCAAGUGCGAAUUGCACGCGCACAGUUUCUAACCUCUUAGUUUCUUCUGAUCCGAGCGAACGACCCUCGGCCCACUCCUUACUUGCCUUUUGCGGACUUUCGAUUCGAGAUCGAAACUCAUCUGUGCUCGAAAAUGCGUAGAAGUAGCUGCGACUCGGACGGUAGGCCUUGCCAGGAGGAUGGGGGCCCACGAUGGGGGAGUGCCAUUGCUCUAACAUCGCUAUCAUGCAGCUGUUCCAUGAGCUGAAGCAGCAGUUCCCUGCGCUCCCUGAUCACGUCGUUUCCCAGUGCAUCGCCCAGAACAGCCACGAUCGGGAGACAUGCGCGAGAAGUCUUCGUGCCACCCAAGAGUCACGACAGUCUCCGGGCGCGUUCCCACCGGCCGCACUUUGCGGCGUCCUCCAGCAGCAACAGCAACAUCAUCAACGAGCGAACCACGUGGCCACGCAUCAGCAACGUUGUUGCGCGAUGAGCCAAGCGCAACGCGGCUGCGGCACGAGCAACAACGCGAGCAACAACUCGAGCAGCAACACGCGACCGCACAGACCAGCCUCGUUGGAUAUCGGUAUGGCACGACGCUGUCCUAUCAGCUGUACACGAAUCGCCGCGAUAUCGGGCUCGUCACCGAUCGCAGCUAAUCCCGUCGGCACCCCUUCUUCAGCGCCAGCAGUCUGCACGACGCGCGGUUUCUUCGACGAUUGCACGGGACCGAGCGACGCGAACUGCCUUAACAAAGUCCAGAACGCGGGAAACGAGCCAGCCGGAUUCGAGCUGAACGUGAACGUUGCCUGCAGUCCUGCUGGCAAUCGCGACUUUCGAACGGUGCCAACGAUCGGUGGUGCCUGUAAACGAAGCGAUCUGCUCCUCGAUCCACGAACUCAUUAUGCCGAGCCGUUACUGAACGUGGAGAACACGGGGCAGAUCGAUCACACGCGAAGCUACACCUCGGUUAGCCUGACGCUAAGGCCACCAUCCUCGGAACCGCAACCUCCGAUCGACAUCAGAUCACAGGGCUCGAGUCUAACUUACUCGAGUUCUUCCCUGGAUCCUCGGGGCUUUCAAAGCCGUCUUCAGAUCAGCAUCGGCGCAGGAGCCGUUGGCAGUGUGGCGGCUGCGAGAAUCAGACCCCCGAUGGGCCCGAUCAGGCCCAACAGCUUGAUACCGCCGGUACAAACCGGUCCUCAGAGGCCACCAGGUCUUCCAGCAGGACCACCUAGUCAGUUACCGAGGCCCACGACGACGAUGAGCGCCCCAACCACACCUUCUGUACCAUCGACGACGAAUAUCGUUCCUCCCAUUAGCCUUCCAACGACACCGUCAGGACCGACGACGACCUCGCCGCCCUCCAGUCCCCUUGGCGAACGGAUACAGGCCAAUUCUGAUCAGAAUCGAUCGCCGUUGAAUCAAGUGGCGGAGCAUCAAAAGAAAUUGGUCGCAGAGCAGUUAGCAAGGAAAGAGAGACUCGCCAGGGAAUUGAGAGCCGAGAAAGGACGACUCGAAGCGAUGAAAAAAGAAUUGCAAUCCCUCACGAGGCCCUUUGACUCUUCGAUGCCUCCUCAGGAGCUAAAAAAAAAGUUGAGGAGCGAGAUCUAUCAGCUACAAGUUGAAUGCGACAGACUCGCAGAUGAAGUGGAUCAAUGGUCUGACCCAAGAGUACCUCUGGGUGAAACGAACGAAAAGUUUUAUCAGCAUAUUUACACCGGUCAACCUCUGCCAUCGAGGUCUGUCAGUUCCAACCCACCGCCUUUGCCAAGUCAGCCACCCGCCUGGCAACCGGAAUUGAGUGGUAACAACAUUGACAGAGAAGAACGAGACGGGCCUUCUUGGGUCUGUAGAAUGUGCACGUUUGAUAAUCAUCCGUUAAUGAACAAAUGCGAGCAGUGCGAUAUGCCGAGGCUGUUGGAUCACGGAAACACAGGCGAAACUCAAGAUAUUCAUAUACGAGUUACACAUCAUCAUAACUUCUCCCCAAGCCGGACAGUGCAUAGUUGGGUGGUAUGA